AGAUGUCUCGAUUCCCAUGUAUGCACUACUCGAUCAUAUCCCAAACCAAAACACUCUCUUGAUUUCUUCCUGAAACCACCACACACACACGUCCAUCAGCAGCUCGCAAGCUCAGCUGGUACGCAGGUACACCAUGCGGCGGCUUAGCGACGCAGGGGAGGCCACGCCACUGGUCACCCCCGCGGCGGCCGCGGCGGCGGGCGGCACCUUGGCGUCGCCGGCCGCUGCGGGGAGCAACGCCAACUUCGACGCCAACAUGGUGAUCAUCCUCGCAGCGCUGCUCUGCGUUCUCAUAUUCGCGCUCGGGCUCAACUCCGUCAUCCGCUGCGUGCUCCACUGCGGCCGCCGGCUCGCGCCGUCGUCGAGCCUCGCGGCCAGCGCCACCGCGGCGAGGACGACGACAUCCGUUCACGUGCAGGCGGGGCUCAAGAGGAAGGCGCUGAGGAAGAUACCCGUGGAGGUGUACGGCGGGGCCAAGUCGUCCGGUUGCGCCCUCCCGGCCACGGCCACGGAGUGCGCCAUCUGCCUCGGCGAGUUCGCCGACGGCGAGAAGGUGCGCGUGCUCCCUCGGUGCCACCACGGAUUCCACGUCCGCUGCAUCGACAUGUGGCUCGCCACGCACACUUCCUGCCCCAACUGCCGGGCCUCGCUCGCUGAGGACGGCGCCGCCGCUGCCAACGGCGGAGGGAGAUAGCGCCGGACAGGGUACGGGUUUGUAAUUUCUUCUAGAUAGGGAACUAAAGUGAAACGUUGCACCACUGCUUUGCUUCCUCACUAGUGUGUCUUUGGUCUGAUUUUGGUUUUCGUAUGGGUGGUACAUGUAAAUUAGUAUUUACAUUUUGCGAUGAUAGAAGGGGCUUGAUGCAAAUGUUCCCCGUGUCCUUGUCAUUUUGGGUUGGAGCAUACGAUUUUUUUUUUGUCAUGAUUCUCCCAUUUUAUAACUUUCUUUAAAGAUGAUUCGAUGUUCCAUUUUUUGUGUUCUAAGAUGAGUAGUAUUGCGCUGUUAUUUUGGUUACCCAACAGCCAAGACUUUCCCAAUGGACAUGUCUUUUUCUCAAAUAAUGUUCUCUAGUGAUAUUUUCCUAUUUACUAUCUGCACGUUGCUGAACAGAUAUUAGUAGCUUUACUCUUAUCUAUAAUAAUGAUUAUUUUUUGUUUUCUGACAAAAAGGAAAUAAUGAGUUUCUGUUCACUAAUAACAUAUAAUAGUGUGUUUUUCACAUAAUAAUAAUUUAUAUUGUCUUUGUUAACUUGUGUUCAAAGCAUGGUAUUUCUAGCGAACGAAAGAAAAUAAGCAAAGAAUAGUAGUAAAAUAUAAGUAUACCUUCUCUAGCUGUCAUCGCCAAUAAGAAUAUCUUUUCUGGCCGGUCACCAUUGAUAGGCUUAGACUAACUCCAACAGAUCUAGUAAUAACCUUUCCGUAAAAGUGCUUUUAUGGAAUGACCACAUAAUUUGCCGGAAUUGUCAGAUAGUUAUUUUUCUCAGUUCCCAUAAAACUUCUUUCCCUAAAAUCUUGUUUUCCUUUUUUCCCCACUAAACGUCGUUGGGACUGCAAGCCGGUGACACAACGUUUGGAAGUGUGGCAACAGACGCCGGAGCAGGCUGACCGGUGAGGUGGUGCAGCUUGGGAGGCGCGUCGGCGGCCGUCUCGAUGAGGCGGGGAAGCGAAGGCCGGCAUGGUGGAGCGGAGCACCGGAGGCGGCCGUCCUAGCGGUGGCAUGGUGACACAGCGGAGAGGAGCGACGGAGGGGCAACAUGGCGGUGCAGGGCACACAUCCUAAACUUUCAUGCGGGUUUUUACCCGUCAAAGUAUACAGAAAGGGCUAUCUUUUCGUGGUUAAGGGAAGGUGGGAGUAUUUUUACGGGAUCCUUUAAAAUAUUUCUAGGUUUAUGGGAUUUAUUGGAGUUGCUCUUAGUGUGUUUGUCAGCCGUACAUCUGACUAUUCAUAAGGGUGAUGCCAACAGAUGAUCUAGUUUCAGCGAAAACAAUCACCACUCGCGGGUCAAAAAUUAAAUAUUGGCCUGUGGUGGCAUAGUUAUCAUGACUGUCGAACGGGAGCUAAUUGUUCUGUCUGU